AUGUCAGGUCUCGAUGUCGAAGCUCUUCUUGAUUCCACGGCAGCAAAUGGCGUCAAAGAAUCAGAGUCUCACUCCAAAGAUCGUGAUCGCGAAGACCGACACAAAAGCGAUCGCUAUGAGCGCCGUGACCGCGACCGACAUCGAGAUGGCUCACGAGACCGGGACAGAGACCGAAAGCGACGUGACCGCAGCAGAGACCGUCGACGAGACAAGGAUGGCGACGAGGACAUGAACAGCCCAAAGAGCGACCGUGCAAGUGCUAACGGGAGCUAUAGAAGCAGAAAGAGAAGUCGAUCCCGAGAUAGCGAUCGACGCCACUCUCGGCGUGAUAGGCAUGGAGAUGACAGCUACCGAGGUGACUUCUAUCGGGGAGGGCGUCAUGGAAGAUCCCGAUCAAAAUCUCCAGCGGACGAUAGAUACUAUCGGCCUGGCGUAAAUGGUAGAGUCCGUCGUGACGAAGUGGAGCCAGAAGGUGAUAGGCCUAGGUCUAGACGUGAUGAUGAUAGGAAACGACGUCGAUCUCCAAGUCCUAAGAAACGUGCUAAGAGCAAGACUCCAGAGCCUCAGCUUACCGAAGAUGAACGUGACCGACGUACUGUCUUCGUCCAACAGCUUGCGGCGCGGCUGAGGACCAAAGAGCUCAUCCAAUUCUUCGAAAAAGUCGGACCUGUCAAAGAGGCUCAGAUUGUCAAGGACCGUGUAAGUGGUCGAUCCAAAGGUGUUGGCUACGUCGAGUUCCGUCAGGAAGAGUCUGUUCCGCUUGCGAUACAACUCACUGGACAGAAACUGCUCGGAAUUCCAAUCAUCGCACAGCUUACUGAAGCAGAGAAAAACCGUCAAGCCCGCAACCCAGAAGCUACCAGUGGCAACCAUAACAGCGUUCCUUUCCAUCGGCUGUAUGUUGGUAACAUUCAUUUCAGCAUCACUGAGAGCGACUUACAGAAUGUUUUUGAACCGUUUGGCGAGCUAGAGUUCGUUCAGCUGCAGAAAGAGGAACAAGGCAGAAGCAGAGGUUAUGGCUUUGUACAGUUUCGUGACCCGAACCAGGCACGAGAAGCACUCGAAAAGAUGAAUGGCUUUGAUCUUGCAGGCCGACCCAUCCGUGUAGGUCUUGGCAAUGACAAAUUUACCCCUGAGUCUACAGCAAAUCUCCUCCAACGCUUCCAGGGUCAGGGCCCAGGCCCAGGCCCGAAUCAGCUCAACUUCCAAGGAUCUGCCUUCUCUGGCUCUGGAGGUCGUGGUGCUCAAGCUGGCGGCUCUGGAGGAAAUUUUGACCGUGCUGGUGGCCGCGACAACGAGAAAGGCGCUGGUGGUGCUAGCGCUCUUGAUGACACAGAUGUUGCCGGUGUGAAUUUCAAUAACUACAGCCGAGAUGCAUUGAUGAGAAAACUUGCUCGCACAGACGAGCCUGCAGAACCUGCUGAAGACAGACGCAGAAUGGCUCAGCCGAAAGCCGAAUCGAAGCCACUACCUGUUGCCGUGAGCCAAGCCAGCCGCUGUGUGCUUCUCCGUAACAUGUUCAAUCCGGCCGAAGAAGAGGGUGAUGCCUGGGUCAAGGAGCUCGAAGACGAUGUGAAGGCUGAAUGUGAAAAGAAAUACGGUCAUGUUGUCCACAUUGCCCUUGAUCCAAACACUCAAGGUGAUAUCUACCUCAAGUUUGAUCGUGUACAGGGAGGCGAAAAUGCCAUCAAGGGACUCAAUGGAAGGUUCUUCGGUGGUCGGCAGAUCAGCGCUCAACCUAUCGUCGACGCUGUCUACCGCAGUCUUUUCUCUAAAGCUAUCUAG